CCUGCCCCACAUGGGACCACGCCCCCUUUGUUUCACUUCGAUCUCGAUUUCUUCAGAGAGCAGAACCGAAUUAAAUUCUUACAAUUCGGUUCUUUAAACAAAUUUUGAGACGCAUAAUACAACAAUAAUUGUGCUAUGUGAGCCACACUCUGAAUUUCCUUAAAAAGAGUCAUUUUUAACCUGCGAGAAAUGGCUCUGCGGAUGCUGAAAUUGUUUUCUUUUAGGGCAGUCUCCCCUAAAGGGAGACUCGUUGGCUACCAAGUUGAAAGCUACAAAGGCCUAAUGAGAAUUCCUGUGAGAAGCAGACAUUGCAUGUCUUUCAAUGACAUGUUGGAAUUUCGGAGAGAACAAGCUCAAAAGAGCGUGGUAAUCCAAGUUUAUUCUGACCACUCAUACAAUCACUUGACGAAGUUGUGCAAUGAGUAUGGCCCCAUUAAAGAAACAUUGUAUUACACGACUCCAACAGAUUUGCACUUUAUUCUUGUGGAAUUUGAGAAAAAAGAAUCUGCUAGAAAAAUUAUGGAAAGUGGCAGCUUUGGUCAGAAAAUGCCCCCUGUGCCCUGUGUAUCUCCUUUUCUGUGGAUGAGGGCCAGCAGCAUAAAAUCUUCUGAGAAAGAUGAUGUGUGUCCAAAGCCGGUUCAAGACUCCGAAGCAAAAAAGGAAAUUUUGUUGCAAAACCUACACGAAGCUCAAUCUUUUUCAGACCAAAUCAAGUCUUUAUAUAACCUUACUGCUAUGGGUGAGUUGGGCAUACGACUGAGAUUUUUAACCUCUCGUCAGCUUGAAUUGGCUUUGUCUGGAGCCUUCCCGUUUUGCAAAGCCCUGCCGUUUGGCUCCUCUGUUAAUGGGUUUGGUAAGGCAGGCUGUGAUCUUGACCUUGUCUUGCAACUUGGAGGAAUGGAGGAGGGACAGGAAACAAAAACUGAAGGAGCUCGCUUAGUCUACCACAAUAAGAAUUCUCAGUCGAGCAAUGGACGGGCCUUAGUACAAAGGCAUAUGGAGGUAUUAGCAGACUUCAUGCAGCACUUUUUGCCUGGAUUUUCAAAUAUCCAGCGAAUUCUUCAUGCCAGAGUACCAAUCAUAAAGUCAAAACACAAUCUGACACUGAUUGAAUGUGAUAUUUCUAUGACAAAUAUGACUGCAUUGCACAUGUCUGAGUUUUUAUAUUUGAUGGGUGAAAUUGACAACCGAGUCCGUCCGCUAGUCUUUGUUAUUAAAAGAUGGGCUCAAGCAACUGGUCUCACGAACCCUACUCCAGGAAGAUGGGUUUCAAACUUUUCCCUUACCCUGUUGACUUUAUUUUAUCUACAAAAGAAAGAAGUUCUUCCAUCAUUAGGAACUUUAAUUAGACUUGCAGGUCCGAACGAUAAAAGAUUCACAGCUGAAGGUGUCAACUGUUCGUUUCUGAGGGACCUCUCUAAUCUUGCGCUAUCUAAAAACAAGGAUGAUUUGGAGACACUGCUUAAAGGCUUCUUCGAAUUUUACUCUACUUUUGAUUAUGGCUCUCGUGGGCUCUCCUUGGUCACUGGCAAUGAAAUUCCCAAGGCAGAUCACUCGCCCCUUUUCAUAGAGAACCCUUUGGAGCGAUAUCUCAACGUGAGCAAAAAUAUCAGCAUGGAGGAGACAGUGAGACUGAAAGUGGAACUUCAAAAUGCGCUGUGGAUAACGGAGCAAGCUUUAGAAGAAGUCACCAGUGUGAAGAAGGAUUUAAAGUGGGGUCUUAUCAAAUUGUUGGCAGGGCCAAAUUCUGCUGCUUUCAAGAUGCCAAAACCUAAAACUUUUCGAUUAGUGGAAAUGCAGGACCUCUUUGCUGAAGAUUCUAGUGUUAGUCACCCUCAGCCUUUAGUGAAGGUGAAGGGCUCAAACAAAGUGAAUCAUAAAAGGAGAUAGUAAUGCAAUUUGUGCCCUUGUUUAUUAAAAAAUGUAUUUUUAAAUAUCAAAACUUUCUAUUCCAAAAAUUUAU